AUGAAAUGUUUUAUUUUAAACAAUAUUAAAAGGAAAAAUAUCCCCAACAAUAUUUUUAAAGCAUCAUACUCACAUCCAUCAUUUAAUAAUUCAAAUAAUAUAAUAAGAAACUUUUCUUCAAAUAAUAAAAUAAAUGAAAAUUCAAAUAAUGAAAAAGAUGAAAAUUUAAUGAUACCAUCAAGAAGUAGAUUAUCAAAAGAAUUAGAAUCAUUAGGUGCAUAUUUACCAAAUGAAGAAUAUACUGAAGAAGUUGAAUUCGAUGACGAAGAAUAUUAUGAAGAUGAAAAUGAUGAUGAUAAUAAUAAUAAUAAUAAUAAUAAUGAAAUAAAAGAAGAAGAAAAAGAAGAAGAAAAAGUUGAAAAUCAAUUAAAUGAAAAAGGUAUUUUUAUAAAAGGUGGUAAAAAAUUUCAAGAUAUGAUAUAUAGGAUAAAAGAGAAUCAUGAACUUUCAAAUAAACAUAGUAUUGAUUUAUUUAAUGAUGUUGGAGAAAUGGAUUCAUUUGAAGAGAUUGAAAGAAAAGUUGAAGAGAGAUUAAAGAAGAAAUAUCAAGAGAAAAUGGAAAUUUUAGAUUCAAUGGAUCAAUCAGAUUUCAUUUAUAAAGAUAAUGAAAAAGUUGAUUUAUAUAAUAAGAUUUCAGAGAAUUUCAUUAAAGCAGACACACAUUUUGAAACACCAUUUGAAAUCACCGAUAAACAAUUAGAAAAUAAUCAAUUAAUAAAACCAAAUGGUUUAUCAUCAAUGAUUUCAAAUAGUGAUUCAGCAUUUAAUAAAGUGACUCAAUCUGAUGAUAUCUCAAGUCGUAUUUCAAAAAUUAAACAAAGAAUUCAAAAAGAUAAACUCACAAAUCAUAGAAUUAAUGGUGAAAAUUUAGUAGAUUUAUUCUCAUUAUAUCGUGAAGAUCCAAUUUUAAAUAAUGCACAAUUUUUAGCUAAAAAAUUUAAUUUAUCUGAAAAAUCAGUUGAAAAUUUAUUAAAAUAUACAACUAUACCAAUCAUUGUUAAAUUUAAUACUGGUAUUAAAUCUGGUCAUUGGAAUGUUAUUUAUGAAACUUAA